AUGCAGAAUAUACUCCGUAGUCCAAAUGGCGAAUGUAUAAGUGUAGAAGAUGCUGCUUGCAUGAUCGCCUCUCGAUUUGCUUUCUCUUCGUUAGAAAUCAUGCAACAGGCAACUUAUGCUUUAUUUGACUUGGAGCUGCAUGGUCCAGAUGCUGCCCGUCUUCUGCGAGAAAAUCGCAUAACAACUACUAACCUCUUUCAUACAAUCGUUACAAAGGCACUUCCCCAUCUGGAGCGCGAAAAGGACACAGCUUUCCAACACAGGUACGUUCCAUCACUUGGUACAGUAUGGAGCAAAGUAUUACUCGUAUUUGGUGGCAAGAUCUGCUGCUAG